GGUCAUACAAAGAAAAAGAAAGCAAAAAGGCUGAUAGUGUGGAUACAAGGAAAAGACUUGGAUUGAUUUUUUCACCUUUUCUUUUGAUUCCCUUUCAAUUAUUUUGUCUAUCCAGUAAAAGUUAGUUUUUUCUUACUGUUCCUAACCUAGUAAAGACAAAAACCUUUUUUACUAUCAGUUACAGCUACCUCAGAUUGGAUGAAAACUUUUCUUCCUUUUUUCCUAUUUUGAAAAGUUCCAAGACUUUACUAAAACCACAUUUUUAUUGGUAAUUUCAUGGCAAAUUUGAGGUUUGUAACUUACACCCUUAUCAAGAUUUUAUCUUAAGGACAGGCCGGACUCGUAGGGGUGUGAUGUAAACAGUCUACCCUAAUGCAAGCACUAGUGGCUGCUUCCACAACUCGAACCUCUGAUCUACAAGUCACACGGAGAAAGAUUUUAUCUUGGUUAUAAGAUAUUCUUGGGAAAUCUUAGAUACCUUUAUGCCAAUUAUCUUUCUACACAAGGGAAUCAAAAAAUACUUGUACAACUGACAAGGUAUGUAAUCUUAACUGAAUUGGUGUAAAAAGAGGACAGAAUCUGAGGAAAGCUAUAAAUAUUAAGUCCUCUUUUUCUUAUAUUUACUUAGUAGCAGGCCAAGGAAAAAAGUGAAGAAAAAAACAAGAGAUUCUUUGUUAGUUAUAUAAAGAGGGGGUUCUUCAACUGUGGUGAGAGCUUCAUUUCUUGAAUGACAUAUUGGUAUGUGUAAAUGCAUGGACAAGAAAGUGGGGUACUAUGAGAAAUUAGCCAAUGAGUUGUCUGAAUAUAAAGGAAAUUGGCAGCAUUGCUUCCUUACCAUAGUUUCUGUUUCCCAAAUGGAUUCUUGAAAUCAACUAAUUGACAUUUCUCAAAGAUUUUGUCAUGUCCUUCCUCAGCAAUUAUUUUUUCUAGUACAUAAGUUUCCAAUCAAGAGGACCACCACUUUCAUCUGAUUUUUCAUAAUGGAGUUCAAGUCGGUACCUUUAUAUUCAUCUUUAUGAAAAAAAUUCAGCUUUUUCAGCAGUAGUUUUGACUUGAAAGUUUCUUCGUUGGUCCAUAUUAUCAAUACAAGUGUCAAUUAAUGUUCAAAUAAGCUGGAUGAUUUUCUUGGAUGGCAAGUUCAUUUGCAGCUAUAGGAGGAGGAAUUGGAGGGGCAGUAGUCCUCUUGGGAGUAAUUUUCUUUUUAUGCUUUUGCGCGUUUCGCAACAGGAAGAAUUCAAAUAAGAAUUCAGACAGUGCUUCUUCAGAUCCAUCUGCAGUAGUUACAAUGGAGCUGAAAAAGGGAGGACCAAGCCCAUCUUUUAAGCAGUUCAGUAUGGAAGAGUUGGAGAAAGCCACAAGGAAUUUUGAUGAGAGCAAUCUCAUUGGUUGUGGGAGUUUUGGUCUAGUUUUCAAAGGAUUGCUUUGUGAUGGAACUGUGGUGGCUAUAAAAAGGCGUUCGAGGAAUCCUAAACAGGAGUUUAAUGAAGAGGUGGCUCAUUUAUCACGAAUUCAACACCGCAACCUGGUUAAUCUUUUAGGCUACUGCCAAGACAGUGGAUACUCAAUGCUGGUUUUUGAGUAUAUGCCAAAUGGAAGCAUGUGCAAUCACUUGUAUGAUACAGGAAAGGACUCUGCAACAAAGCUAGAAUUCAAGCAAAGGUUAUCUAUUGCUAUUGGAACAGCUAAAGGUUUAAGUCAUUUACAUGGCCAACGCCCUUCAAUAAUCCACGGGAACUUUAAAACAGCUAAUGUUUUGGUUGAUGAGGACUUCAAUGCUAAAGUUGCAGACGUGGGGAUUCUGAAGCUACUCGAGAAAAUUGAUGAUGCAGGUCCUUCUGGGCUGAGUUCUGUCAAUGCUUUUAGAGAUCCAGAGAUAAACCAAAUUGGAAUACUGUGUGAGACAAGUGAUGUUUACAGCUUUGGAGUAUUCGUAUUAGAGCUCAUAACUGGAAAGGAGGCUUCAAAUAUAGAUGAAUUUGGAUCAAACCAAAGUAUACUUGAUUGGGUUGAAAAACAGCUGAGUUCAGACCAGUUAGUGGAUCAUAGGCUGUUGGGAAGCUUCACGGCGGAGGUAAUGAGGGAUUUGAUCAAGCUAGCGUUGAGAUGCAUGAGUUUUCCUGGUCGAUAUAGGCCAACGAUGGAAACAGUCAUGUUGGAUCUUGAAAGGAUUCUUGAGAAGGAGCAGAUGCACACAACUGUUAUGGGAGAAGGUACUUCAAUAGUUACUCUUGGGAGUCAAUUGUUUACAAACUGAAGCAAUGAGACCUAGUCUUGAUCUUCCCAAAAUCAUACAAGAUUUUGAAAGCCUGCAAGAAACAACAAGUAAAUGUACAUUAGCCCUCUACUAUCCUGCUUAAUUGGCAAUCAUUUUUUUUAAAGUCCAAUAGCCCUGACACGCGUUAAAGGGCAUUAUUGUUUAAUUUGUGAUAAUUAAUAUCCUGCUUGAUAGAGCUGCAAUGCUGGAAAAAAAUGAAGUGCAAUCUCGUGUUCUUUUUACAUUGAUGUAAUAUUUUUGCUAGUUUCAAAUAUUUAUUCUCAUGGGAUGAACAUGGAGCAAUUGGUACAUUAAAGAUGA